AUGAGUGAACGUGAUUUCAACAAGCACACACCUGAGGGACUUCUUCGCUGGUCAGUAGCUAAUAGUAAUCCAGAAGAGAUCAAGAAUGUUGACAAAGCUAAGCUUAUGACUCAUGAAGAAUUCAAAGAACUUUGGGAAACAGCAUUCCCCGAUGAAAUCAAGGUAUUAAAGGAGAAUGUCAAAGUACUCGAGAACAAGCCAGAAAAACUCGAAGACUUGCAUCUUGCUCUCGAUAAAGUUUUGUACAUUGUUGAAGGUCUCGACCAGGCUGACUGGUUUGCCGACCUUAAUGGAUUUGAAAUUGUUCUCCCAUACCUUCGUGAUCCUAACACUGAGACACGUAUGGCUGCAGCUUGGAUUAUUUCAAAUGCCCUUCAAAAUAAUCCAAAAGUACAAGAUAAGUUCCUAAAGAAGAUCGGUAUGCAGAAGAUUCUUGAUACAUUAGAUGGCGAAGAUGACGAAAAGCCAGCAAAGAGAAAAGUUGGUAUGAUUUCUUCCGCAAUUCGUAGUUUUGUCCCACUUAGAGAACAAUUUUACUCUCUCAAUGGUUUCAAGAAGAUCAUCGAAAUUACUGAGAAAUUCCCUGUUCUUUUCUCAAGAUUGUGCUGGACAGUUGGUUCAAUUCUUGAUGAAGAGAAUCUAAUGGACAAAACAGAACUUGCUAAGAUUAAUAUGAAAGAAUACUUACUUUCCCAUAAGAAGGAAAUUGAUGAUGAUGAACUCCUUCAAACUACUGUUUCAAGAUUGUAA